UCUGUAAUUUGUUCGCGUUUCUGCUCCUCGACGAGAAAUUCACCGUAAUGACGUCUGCGCGAAAGAAAAGAGUCUCCAUCAUUUCCCUCUCGGAGAAGAUGAAGAAUUCACCGAAUAAACCUAAUGCACGAUACGGAUGCAGACAUACGCAGGUGGUGCUCAUGUGCUUGGGCUUCUUUUGCUGCUACGCCGUCCGGGUGACGACCUCAGUGACCCUGGAGGCGAUGACCAAUGCGGCUAGCGCUAAUCCCGAUUUCGAGGAGUUUGACUGGAGCGAAUCGGCCAAGCACAUAAUCCUCAGUUCCUUCUUCUGGGGCUACACCUGCACGCAAAUACCCGCCAGCAUCCUUGCCCAACGAUGGAGCGCCCAGAAACUGUUCUCGGUUACCCUUAUCAUCUCUGGUCUGCUGACCCUCGGCACCCCCUUCGCCGCUCAUUACAGUGGUUGGCAGGCGGUGAUCGCGGCCAGGAUGAUCUGCGGCCUCGCCCAGGGUGCCACUCUACCGUCUCUUCACACCCUAUUGUCCAAGUGGUCGCCACUCGAGGAGCGCGGUAGACUCGCAACUUUUGUUUAUUCCGGUGGCUGGAUCGGAAAUGUAAUAUGUCUACUGAGUACCGGCUUUCUCGCGGCAUCACCAAUUGGCUGGCCCAGCUGUUUUUACGUUUGGGGAAGCUUAAGCAUGCUGUGUGGCAUCGGUUUCUUCUUAUUUGGGAAGGAUUCACCUUCUGAACAUCCCAGCAUACCUUUUGAUGAAAAGGAGUAUAUCGAGAUGAGUCUGGGAGUAACAGAGAUAGAUGAGAAACCUUCCACUCCAUGGCUAUCCGUAUUAAAGAGUCCACCGGUUUGGGCACUAUUGGCGACGCAAUGCGCGCAAUCCUGGGGAUUCUGGAUGUUGCUGACGGAAAUCCCAUCCUACAUGGCUUCGAUCAUGCGUUUCAACAUCAAGAAAAAUGGUUUGAUGACCUCGUUACCGUACUUGACGGCGUGGAUCGUCAGUUUCCCGAUCAGUUACGUAUCCGAUCUCUGCAUCCGAAAGAACAUUGUGACGACGCAAAUGUCACGGAAGAUCUGCAACACGAUCGGCCAGUGGACGCCAGCGAUCGCGCUGAUCGGACUGGGUUACACGAAGCAGGACCAACCGGACUUAGCCGUCAGCAUCCUCGUCAUAGCCGUGUCCAGCAAUAUCGCCACUUUCUGUGGCCACAAUGUCAAUCAUAUGGAUCUCAGCCCGAACUUUGCCGGCACGCUUAUGGGACUCACGAAUGCCAUCGCGUCCGUUUGUAGCAUCCUCGCGCCGCUGAUCGCCGGUGUGAUCGUCGAGGAUCCGACAAAUAUUUUGCAAUGGCGAACUGUGUUCUUCCUGUCAGCUGGGAUAUAUACGGUAGGCAAUUUAAUCUUCAUCAUAUUCGGUACCAGCAAGGUACAAAAGUGGAAUGACGAUAUUAAAAGCAGACAAGAUAACAUCGUGCAUAAAAUAUCGAUGACACCGGUAACUGUGACGACGAUACAGGAGCAGAAAGACAUCGAAAAGGUUCCAUGACAAU